CCCACACUCGUCAGUUUCGUGCUCGCUCGCACCUGAAGCUCCCCAGUUCGCUCACGAUGCAGUUCGCUGUUCUGUUCUCGAUGGUGGCUGCGGCCUCGGCUGUCCAGUACCCGCUGCACGCCUCUUGCAAGGCCGACUGGACGUUCGGCGUGACCUGCGAGGAAGCGAAGCAGGCCAUCAUUGACCAGAUGAACGCCUGGACCGGCCCCGAGGGCUGUGCCGACGGCGGAGAAAAGUGCCUGUAUGAGGUGCUGUCGACCGACGGUAACGUUGUGACGGGCACCCACACGACCCCUACUGUCGGCUACGUGGACGACCUGGAGUUCACCUUCACCGAUGGAGCCGACGGCACCUGCGCCAUGCACGGUUUCUCGACCUCGGAGACCUCCUACGCCUACCUGGACUCGAGCACCAACUACUGCAACAUGAAGAACCUCAUCACCGGCUCUGGUCUGGACCAGUCCGAGUCCUUCAGCGAGGUCACCAACGACGACAUCUGCACCCAGUACUCGUCCGCCAACUGCGACGUCUACUAGGGCGGCCAAAGUGCAAUGUCACUGUGUGAUUUCGGCUUAGUUUGUGGUACUCAGUGAUCUUUUUUGUUGUUUUAAUAAAUGACAAUUUACUAGAA